ACAAAUUACAGGAUUUUACUUUUACUAUUAAGCCCUCAUAUAUUAAAGUAGCGCUAAUCCUUCUCCUUCAUUUUUCAUCACAUCGCAGAUCUCCAAACAAUUUCAUUCACACUUCAUUCUUCUUCUCAGACAUGGCAUCCAACGGCUUGUGUCCUUCAAUUAAAAACAUUCUUCUUUUGGAUUCUGAAGGGAAGCGUGUGGCAGUCAAGUAUUACUCAGAUGACUGGCCAACAAACAGUUCAAAAUUAGCUUUUGAGAAGUUUGUGUUCACUAAGACUGUUAAGACAAAUGCACGGACAGAAGCUGAGAUAACACUACUCGAGAACAAUAUCAUUGUUUACAAAUUUGUGCAAGACUUGCAUUUCUUUGUAACGGGUGGUGAUGAUGAGAAUGAGCUCAUUUUGUCAUCUGUUCUUCAAGGUUUCUUUGACGCAGUCACCCUUUUGCUGAGGAACAAUGUUGACAAAAGUGAGGCACUUGAGAACUUGGAUCUCAUUCUUUUAUGCCUUGACGAGAUCGUUGAUGGAGGGAUUAUACUUGAAACAAAUGGACCUCUUAUCGCUGAAAAAGUAACCUCCCAUAACAUGGAUGCCGAUGCUCCCUUAUCAGAACAGACACUAACUCAGGCAUGGGCUACAGCCAGAGACACUUUCACAAGAACUCUUUUAACAUGAUGCUCUCGUGAAGAUGUACUUAAAUGUUUUGCUUAUAUUUUCGUAGUUAAGUUUUCUGUUAAUGAGAGUUGAUUUAUUUUAUCCCUCCAUUUCAAUUUGUAUUUUUUGACAAAAAGCAAAAACAAUAUACUAAAUCCAGUCUUCAUCUAAGAUCUGGAAUAUCUUUCCUGAAUUCAAGCUACUUAGUUAUGAGAACCAUAUGCCAUUUUUUUUUUGUCUUUCAA